AUGGGAUUCGUACCGAUUACCCUCUCCGCGGGGCAAAAUCCCCUAACACAAUUUGAUGGCAAGAUUGAAACUCACUUCCUAGAACCGCCGGCUGGCACGGCGUUUCAGAUUAUGCAAAUCUACAAGCCGCUCCCCAAGGGCGACAAGAGCGGCGCGUACCGAGGGCCGCCGCCGCAUUUUCACCUUCACCAGACGGAGCGGUUCAAAGUCAUCAAAGGCCGCGUUGGCAUCGAAGUCAACGACAAGGUCACGGUGCUGCGCCCAAAGGACGGCGUUGCCAUCUGCCCAGCGGGUAAUAUUCACCGCUUCAUCAUCGACGUGGACCCUAAACACGACCAAGACGGCGAGGACGAUGAGGAAGAAGACGAUGGAGAGAUUGUCUUCAUGGUCAAUGCGACCGACAGCGGCAAAGAUUUCGUCUUGGACAGAAUCUUUUUAGAAAACUGGUACGGCGUGCGCGUCGACAGCUUCAAAUACGGGACCAAGAUUGACUUUAUCCAACAAUGCGCGACUUUUGACGGCGGAGAUCACUACCUGCCCUUUCCGGCUACGCUGCCUGAAUGGGUCCCCAUGAGCUGGUCCGUCGCGAUCCGCACGUUUCUGGGCUUCUGGGUCACAGUCAUCAUCGGACGCUACGUUGGCGGCCUGCUCGGAUACCAGCCCUUUUACAGGGAGUACACCACGGACUGGGAGCUCGCCGUGGCAAAGAUGCAGGGCACCUGGUUCUACCGCCGAAACGUGCAGACGGCCUACAGGGCGGCGACGAGCUGGAAAGAGUUACGAGAAAUGGUGCCGUACAGCGACGAGGGAGCGGCGAACAUGGGUCUUGCUGAUGCCAAGGUUGGUAAUGGCGCGGCUGUCAAAAAGGCCAUCAAUGACAGGGCUGCCAAUAAUGGUGAGGAUAAAAAGAAUUUGUAA